AUGAAAGAAGGGGACGCUGAUUUGUACGUAUCACAGCCUCAUAUUUCACAUCAUCCUACUUUUGAUCCAGAUACAUAUUGCCUUCAAUCUACUACAUGUGGAAUUGAUAUUCUUCAUAUACCUAAAUGGUUUAAGCGACCCAUUUAUCUUGGUAUUUAUGGUCACCCUUCUUAUGAAAUUACCAGCUAUACAUUAGACAUAAUUCAAAAUUCAAACCCUGGUGAAGAAUUUAACUUGAAUUUGUUUGAAUCAGAAGAAGGAAACGAAACUCAAUCAAUAAAUAAUGAUGAAGACAAUGAUGUAAGAAAUUAA